AUGAGCGGGAAAAAUAAAAAAGACAACGAUAUAAUCGUUGCGCAAAGACGUCUUGAACACUAUUAUAAUGCGAUAAAAUCACAGGAUAAUGAUACGUCUAUCGAUAAUGCUGAUUUUGCAUCAACAAUUUGCAUUGGUGAUGUUUCAUUAAAAAUUUCGGAACCAAAAAACCCCGAAUUGGUCCCAUAUUAUACUAAACCUUUAUUCGAAGAUUCACAAGAAGUUCUUCGGCAUUUUAGAUGGAUGAUGCAAAAAGAAAAACUUGGUCAGGAUAUUUUUCUCAUUGGCCCCCCAGGCCCAUUAAGAAGAAGCCUCGUUCUUAGGUUUGCCCAACUUACAAAAAGAGAAAUUGAGUACGUAGCAUUAUCUAAGGAUUGUACGGAUUCCGAUCUUAAACAACGUCGUGAAAUUUCCGGUGGUACCGCUUAUUACGUAGAUCAAGCAUAUGGUAUUGAAAAGGCUGAAAGAAAUGUGCUUCCAAUUUUAAAUAAUCUGUUGGAAAACAGAGAAAUGUUACUUGAAGAUGGUAGAUUUUUAGUACAUCCAAAACGUUACACCUCUCUUGCUGAAUCAAAUUCAAAAACAAUUAUGGAUAUUGGGAAAUUAGUUAAGGUGUCUGAACAUUUUAUUGUGAUGGCAUUAGGUUUACCUGUCCCUCCAUAUGUUGGCCAUUCUUUAGAUCCUCCGCUUAGGUCUCGGUUUCAAUGUAGAGACGUUAAGCAGCCUGGGUUUGAUUCACAAAUAAAACAUUUACGUAAAUUAGCCCCAAAUGCUACUUCAGAAAUAGUGGAAAGAUUAGUAUCUGUAGCAAAUGUUCUUGGAAAUAAACAAUAUGAUAAUGACGGUGGAAUAACCAUUCCCGAAUUCCCAGCUUCAGUUGAUACAAGUGUGUUAGUUUUACAAAAAUUUCCAGGCAUUCGACCACGCUUUUUAAUCGAUCUGUUAUACCCAUGGCCAUUAUUUCACAGUAAUGUUGAACAAAAAAGCGUCAUUGAAGCGACUUAUCAUCGCUUUGGAAUGCUCGGAUUUGAUUUUGGAAGAACUUCUGAAAAUGUCAUACAAGAAGACGAAAAUAUUUUUCAAUGCAUGCCAGGGUACAAUAUUAUAAAUAUCCAAGUAUCAAAAGAUAUAAAAACAACUGUUGGUAGUGAGAUUCCCAUAUAUAUGUUUGAAUUGGAUUUCCAACAUACAGAUGAUAGUAAAAUUCAUCAUGUUAGUGUUUUUGGUGGUUCUGAUGAACUCUCCUCGGCUGAUUUCUUUGUAGAAACAGAAUAUCAUCAAAAUAUUUUUAAUGCGAUGUUAAUUGCACAUUCGGUUGGUGAUUUUUGUCUUAUUGGUGAAAAAGGCGUUGGAAAGAGUGCAUUGAUAAGACAUUUUACAACAAAGCUUGGCUAUAAUAUUGAAUAUAUUCCCUUAUAUAAAGACAUGUCUUCUCGUGAUCUGCUCCAGCGUCGUAGUACUACUUUCGCUGGUGACACCAUAUGGGAGAAUUCACCACUGGUUCGGGCUUCAAUUUCUGGAUAUCUUGCUGUUCUAGAUGGGAUUGAUACACUUUCUGGAGGAACACUUAUGGUUUUGGAGAGGUUAAUUAAAGAACGUGAAAUUUCGCUUCCUGAUGGAAAGCAAUUAAUUCAUCCUACUAGAUAUGAAAAUUUGAUCCAAAAGUAUGGAUUGACUCAUGAGUCGUUGGAAAGCAAAGGGAUAUUUGCGACACAUCCAGCAUUUCGAAUUGUGGCUUUGGGUCGUCCUGGCUCUUGGCUCACCCCAGAGAUUGUUGCGAUGUUUCAGUUUAUUGUUAUUUUUCCAUUAAAUUAUCGAGAAGAGACACAAGUUCUUGAAACUUUGUCUCCAGGAAUAGAUGCCAAAAAACUCUCCCUCCUACUGCGCUUAGUAAAUCGUCUCCGUCAAGAUACUGGAGAAACACUGAAACCUUUAUCUGAUGCACUUUCUACGCGCCAGCUUAUCCGAAUUUGUCGUCGUCUUACAUUGUUUCCUAAUGAGAGUCUUUACUUAGCGAUUCAAAAAACUACUCUCUCGCGGUUCUUACCUUCAUUAGUCAGAAUGGCGCUAGAAGAAUUGUUGAUUAAUAAUGAGAUUUUACCACCCUCAGAACCUAUUAAUAUUGAACAUUUGAAAAUUGAAAUCCUUCCGUCCCGAGAUAAACCUGAAAUUCUUCGUAUCGGAGACGUGGAACAACUUAUAGCAAAAGAUUCAAAUCCUCUUUUAAUUCCUGAUAUAGUUUUUCAUGAAAACCCAAAACAGAAUGAAAUACUAAUGCAAAUGUUGCAAGAUUAUCAACUGGGUGAACAUUUGUUGCUGAUUGGAAAUCAAGGUGUGGGAAAAAAUAAACUGGCAGACUACUUUUUACAAUUGCUAAAGUUACCAAGGGAAUAUAUACAGUUACACCGUUUAACUGCCAUACCUUCAAUAGUUAAUGGUGUCUUGCAAUAUGAAGAUUCACCUUUAGUCAAAGCUGUAAGAAAUGGUCAUAUAUUAGUUGUAGAUGAAGCAGAUAAAGCCCCUACAUAUGUUACAGCAGUACUUAAGAAUCUUCUUGAAGAUGGUCAGAUGGUUUUAGGAGAUGGAAGGAGAAUAGUUUCAACUCUUACAUCAAAAAAUCCUAAAGAAGAAUGCAUCGUAAUUCAUAGAAAUUUUAGAAUGAUUGUUUUGGCAAAUAGACCCGGAUUCCCAUUUCUUGGGAACGAUUUUUAUAGAGAAAUUGGAGAUGUUUUUAGCUGUCACGCUGUUGAUAAUUCCGAUUCAGAUUCUGAAAUGUUUCUAUUGCGCAAUUAUGCCCCUUCAGUUUCCGAUGAUCUUUUAUUAAAACUUACAGCUGCAUUUAGUGAUCUGAGAAAACUUGUGGAUGAAGGGUUGAUUUCUUAUCCUUAUUCCACAAGAGAGUUGGUGAAUAUUGUUAAACAUAUGCAAGUAGGUUAUCAACAAUACCCAAAUGAGGGCGUUUCAUAUAUUUUACAAAAUGUCUUUGACUUUGAUCAAUAUGAUAAGGUUUCUAAAGAUCUUUUGAUAGCAGUUUUUCAAAAGCAUGGAUUCCCAGUUGGAUUAGAGUCUGAAUAUACAAUUAGGUUAGGAAAGAGAGUUCCGUUGACUGGUCCACAAAUUACUGAGGUUUGGAAAAAAUCAAGUUUAGGAGGAAAAAUUUGUGAAGUGAGGAAAUUUCCAAUGAAAUUUAGGGGCUUGUGGGAAAUUCAUAUAAACGAGGCUAAGGAAUUGAACAGAACUGAAGGCAAGCAAACAUUAUACUAUGUUAUUUAUUUUAUUCAUCAUAAUAAUUUUAUCUAUAUAAAAGGCCGCAUUGAUUCUUUUACGGAACAAAUAUACUCUUUCCGAAUAUCAACGCGCGGUGAAGCUCAUGAUAUAGUAGGCCUUGGUGAUGGUUCAUUGUUUGUGGUGACUACAAGUCCAGCGACUUUACAUGCCAUCUGUCAAAAUCAUCAAAAAGUUAGGAGUAUCGACUUGCACGAAUAUUUUCCUUUGCAGCAAAUCCCUUCACAACUAAGAUUAUCUAUCGUACAAAAAAGAGAUGGAACUUGGUUGUUGAUACUUCAUAACUCUUCCGAUAAUUCUAUACUUUUAGUCGACUUUUCAAGAAAGUCUUUAACUGCACUUACGUUAUCAGUAUCGAGCCCAGACGAAACUGUUAUGCUAAAGGAUUUUGAAGUUAUUGGAAUCUUAGGAUUAAUAAAGCCUACUCCAGAAGAAACAAUAUAUCUCUCUCAAGAAGGUGUUGCACAAGCUAAUGUAUUAUCUGCUCGUUUUCUCCAAACAAAUAAUGUUUCAAUAGCGGCUUCUAUUAUCUCAAAUUUACCUGAAGCGUUAAUUAAUAAUAUUGGUGAUGUUCAAGUUCUUUCAUAUAUGAGAGACCCGGUUGAUGAGGGGAACUAUGAAAAUUUUUACAAAAAUUUAAAGAAUGUUUCAAUAUUUUUAUCUAAGUCUGGUCAAUUGGCAACUGUAAUUCCAUCAAAAAACGGUAGAAGUACUGGAUAUUUAGAACUAUUUAAUCCUGUUCAAAAAAUAUUAUGGAGAAUUACUCUUCCGUUGGCCAUUCCUGGAAUUGCCAAACCUGAUCAAGUACUUCCAGCGACGAGCCAUCAAUAUAUACAGGUUGAUAGGAUGGUGGCAUCUUUGUUGGAAUUGCCUAAUGGUGAUUUAUUAACAAUGGAUAAUAGUGGUGUUGUAAGAAUAUGGCAAGUUAAUGCAGAAGAAUUAAUAAAAGCAGCUAAUGCAUGGAAAAAGUUGGUUGGCAAUAUUGAUAAACGCGUUUUGUCUAUUAUAUAUGGUGAUUCAGAGGAUAACUUUACUAAAGACACUUCAGAGAACGAGACUUCUAUUGAUAUGAGUUUUCUUAAUGGUAUAUCACACCGUGGAUCUGGACCUGGUGAUGACGAUGGAAGACAACAAUCCUUUGUAGAUGUCGAGAAGCUAGAACUCAGGGAUGAAGCUAAACAACCACUUGAACUUACCGAUGCUCAAAGAGAAUUGCAUGAAAUGGCAAUGCAAAAACGACUUGAACAAAUUAAUAUGACCCAAGAAGAUUUUGAGUUAUAUCGUUCAUAUAAAGCCAAUGUUCAACGUGAAAUUCGAGAACUCCAUGUAAUAUUGGAGAGUAUUGAAGCUAAAGAUAAAGAACGUAUAUGGUUAAAAAAUCAAAGUUCCGGAGAUGUAGACGAUACUAAAUUAAUUGAAGGAUUAACUGGAGAUGUAAAUAUUUAUAGGCGCCGUGGUGAGAAUGAUCCCGAGAAUGGGUUUUACCAAGCUCUUCCUAAAAGGAUGUAUUUUGUUUUCGAUUUAAGUGCUAGCAUGUAUCGAUUUAAUUCUCAUGAUCGUCGGUUGGACCGUUCCAUGGAAGUUGCUCUUAUGAUUAUGGAGUCAUUUAAAUCAUUUGAACAUAAAUUUCAAUAUCAGAUUUUUGGGCAUAGUGGAGAUUCACCUAAUAUUGAAUUCGUAAAAAAAGAUAACUAUCCGCGUACUGAAAAGGAGACAUUCAAAGUUUUGAAUCAAAUGAAUGCACAUUCGCAGUUCUGUCUUAGCGGAGAUAAUACACUAAGUGCAUUAUCACACGCUAUUAAAGAUAUUACAAAAGAAGUGGCAGAUGAUUAUUUUGUUGUUGUGCUUUCUGACGCUAAUAUUCAACAGUAUAAAAUUAAUCCAGAGGACAUUGCCAAAGCAUUGAAAACAGACGAGAGAGUAAAUUCCUUCAUAAUAUUUAUUGGAUCUUUACAAGACCAAGCCGAGAA